AGAUCAUUUAUUUGAAGAUAAAUCAAUAGAAAGUAUACAAAGAAUUUUAAAAGAUUGAAAAAAUGAACAGAACCCUAAAGACCUGUGAUACAAUGACAAGCAUUCCAACAUGUAUAAAGGGAGUUGGCGAAGGAGAGGAGAGAAAGAGAAGAGGAGACAAAAUUUUUGAACAAUAGCUCCAAACUUCCCAAAGUUGAUUAAAAACAUUAACAUUUAGAUGCAAAUAGCUCACCCAAUCACUAGUAGGGUAAGUAAAAAGAGCACCAUAACUAGAAACAACAUAGUCAAAAUGAUAAAAGACAACUCCUCAAAGGAGCCAGAGGAAAUGACUCAUCACAUAGAAGGGAACAAUAAUACGUUUAACAAUGGACUUCUUAUCAGAAAUGAUGGAGGAUAGAAGAUAACGGAAUGACACAGUCAAAGUGCUGGAACAAAAGAAACUAAACCCAGAAUUGUAUAUCAAGUGGAACAUUCAUUCAGAAAUGAAGUCAAAAUGAAAAUAGGUAUAAAAAAAAUUGAGAGAAUUUGUUGCUAAUAGACCUAACCUGUAAGAAAUACUGAAGUUCUUAAGGCUGAAAAGAAACACACCUGAUGAUAAGUUAGAUACACAGGGUGGAAUGAAGAGUAUCAAAGGUAUUAAAUAUAAAAGAUUGGUUAUAUGUUUUCUCUUAAUUGAAAAGAUAAUUCAAGGCAAUAAUUGUAACACCAACUUGUUGGGAUAUAUAACUACACAAAUAUAUGCAUAUUAUAAUCUACACAGCAAUGAUAGCACAGAUUAAAAGGGGAAAAGAAAUGAAGCUACAUAGAUGCAAAGUUGCUAUAUUUUUACCAAAAUGAAGUUGGCGGUGACCUGACAGAGACUAGGAUAAAUUUAACAUGAAUAUAGAAAUAUCUACAGCAGCCAUUAAAGUAAUAACUCAAAAGAUACAAAUUCAGGAGUUGGUGUGCCAUGCAGGCAACAGUGGCAUGGGGCUGAGCCAGGUGUGGGCUGUCUUCUUCGACCUGGACAACAUACUCAUCGACAUGACCAGGGUGAGUCGGAAGGGCAUGUUGGAGGUGAUAAAGCUCUUACAAUCAAAAUACCAUUUCAAAGAAGAGGCUGAAGUCAUCUGUGACAAAGUUCAAAUUAAACUCAGCAAAGAAUGUUUUCAUCCUUCUAAUACAUGCAUUACUGACCUCAGGAAUUUACACUGGGAAGAAGCAAUCCAGGAAACCAAAGGUGGUGCAGCCAAUAGGAAACUGACUGAAGGAUGUUAUUUUCUGUGGAAAUCUACAUAUUUACAGCAUAUGACACUAGCAGAUGUCAAAGCCAUGUUUACUGAACUUCAAAAGGAGGUCUGCCUACUUUUAUUAACAAAUGGAGAAAGACAGACCCAGAGGGAGAUCGAGGCUUGUGCCUGUCUGUCCUAUUUUGAUGCUAUUGUUGUAGAUGGAGAGCAGAAAGAGGAGAAACCAGCACCUUCCAUAUUUUAUUACUCCUGUGAUCUCCUCGGAGUACAGCCUGGGGACUGUGUGAUGGUUGGUGACACACUAGAAACCGAUAUUUAAGAAAGCCUCAAUGCAGGGCUGAAGGCAACAGUCUGGAAAGAUAAAAAUGGAAUGGAGCCAUUGAAGUCAUCCCCCAUGCCACAUUAUAUAGUUUCUUCUGUGCUAGAGUUGCCUGCUCUCUUACAAAGGGUAGACGACAAAGUCAGUAUGUCAGCUUAAAGCACAGAAAGGGUUAUGCUUAUGAAUUUCAGGGUCAAAUUACAGGGUUUGAACUAAGGAAAGUUAAGGCAUUCUGUAUACUAUGACCCAGUUCUAAGAAUAAUUAUACUUGUGUAAUGGCCAACCAACCAUUGACUGGUAUUUAUGUCUGAAAAUCCAGUGUACAUUAAUACAAGUUGAUUUUAGUAGUGUAAUCCAGAAAACUUGAAGUAUAUUUGUUAAUCUGUGGCUUGAGACUUUUUUUAAAAAAAUUGUUAUUAAUCUUUUAGCAUCUUGGAUCUAUGAAGAUACUAAGGAGGAUAACUUAUAUAUGGAUGCACAAAUGUAGAUUUUAUGUUUUGGCUUAAAAAGAUAUUUUUUAAAAAUAGGUAUUCUAAAAUAUGUAUAAUAGAGAUUUAUUAGAGCAGUUGGACCUGGUUAAUAUGAAAUAAGUACCAAGUUACAUGCAAAUCAAAGCAUAUUUCAUAGUGAAAUUAUUUUUGUAUUUUCUGUUUUUAAAACAUGUACCAUA